AUUCAAAAACCAAAAUAAAAAAUAAAAACAUAACAAUCUCUAAAAAAAAUAAAAAAAAAUAAAAAAAAUCGCUUCAGUCACUUUUUUUUUCCAUCUGACAAGAAAAUGGCAAGAUUUCCUUCAGCAAUAUGUCUAAUGUUUAUAAUAGUAGCAUCAAGUACUAUAUAUGAAGCGCAAGGGAGUUUCUUAUUGAAUCAUUACUUGAAUAAAUUACCUAGUUCGUCUAACGAGUUUGAACCUUUCGCUUUCAAAGUCAUGCUUCGUUUUUUGGAUAACCUUGAAAGCAAAUGUCCCUUAAAGAGGGAAUAUAAGGAGUUCUUCACAAAGCUGAAGGCUUUCAUGGCCUUCAUAAACUCAGCAUCAGGGUCGUCUUCAGAAUUCCAGUCCAAGUUGAAAGAACAAUCUCAAGGGCUCUUGCAAGCUAUCUCUGCAUUGGGUAUCAAAGGAGGAUCAUCGGCGGACUCGAGCAAAUUGAUUGAAAGUUUGAUGUCUAUGGGAAAAACUUUGGCUGAGUACAAGCGGAGUGGCUCACAAACAAUGACAAGUGAACAAAGGAGCGAGCUGAUCACAUCUAUGGCAAAAUGGGCACAAGUGAUCGGCAAAUUUGUGAAAACCGUCGGUGAAAAGAGUGGUGACGGCAUAAAUAUUGAUCUCUCAUCUCUUGGUGUUGGAAGCGGAGGCAACGAUGCUAACGCCGAAGGCACUGGUAUGGGAGAUGGAAGCGCUGGUGACGGUGGAAGUCCAAGUUCUGGUUCUCCAUCCGCUGACACUGAAAGUCCUAGUGAUAGUGGAAUAGCAAGCGGUGGAGCCCCUGCUGGUGGCCCGAGUGGAAGUACAGCUGAUAAUUCAGGCUCAGGAGAAAAUUCUGGUGCUAGUGAUGCUGAAAAUGGAACUUCCGGUGGUGCUAGUGGUGCUGAAAAUGAAACCACCGGUGGUGCUGGUGGUGGAACUGGUUCCUCCGGUGGUGCUGGUGAUGGAACUGGAACCGCCGGUGGUGCUGGUGGUGGAACUGCAACCACCGGCGGUGCUGGUGAUGGAACUGCAACCACCGGCGAUGCUGGGGGUGGAACAGGAUCCUCCGGUGGUGCUGGUGAUGGAACUGCAACCACCGGCGGUGCUGGUGAUGGAACUGCAACCACCGCUGCUGCUGGUGAUGGAACUACAACCACCGCCGGUGCUGGUGAUGGAGCUGGAUCCUCCGGUGAUGAAGAAACUAAAACCUCCGGUGGUGCUGGGGGUUCGAGCGAUGGAAAAACAAGUUCCAAUAUGGGUGGUGAGAUGUCUUAUGAAGAAAGUAAAACGGCCGUUGGUGGAAGCGGCAGUGGUGGAAGUGGAAGUACAACUGAUAGCUCUAUGACAGGAGAAAAUUCAAUGAGUUUUUACUCGGAUUCUACAGGUGGAACACCGAUGGAAAGCCCCACCGGUAGCCCGUCUGGUGGCGGAAGCUCCUUCAGUGGAAGCUCUUCAUACAAAGCCUCCGAAGGAAAAUCUUUCAACUAUGCAAAGACACACUCAAAAUCCUCGGACAAAAGCUCUUUCAGCCAUUCUUCAGAGGAUAAACUAAACUCGUAG